AUGUCGUCGCAACAAGAACAAACACAAGAAUCACUCGCCAUGCAGGCGCGCCAACAGCGACAGAUAGAGACAAUAGUUGCCGCGCAGGCACAACAACAAUUCCAAGCGAGGCAGCAGCGUCAACAGCAAGCAGCAAAUCAAAUGGGACAACAAAUGGGACAGCAAAUGGGACAGCAGAUGGGUACUGCCCACGACGAUAUUCCUGUCAAGGAGCCCAAUGAUUUGGUCAUUCUCAAUGGAUACGCUCUCUCACAGCCCGAUUUCGCUUCAUUGGUGACUGCCUGCCAAGAGGGCGACUUACCCACUGUCGAAUCCAUCGUCACUUCUCAGCCUCGCACGCCUGCCUUCCUUCACCAGGGCCUAGUGAAGGCCUUGGAGAAGGGCCAUGUCGACGUUGCGCGGUGUCUGCUGGAAUCUGGAGCACCCAUUGCACGCACAACGCCAUUGUGCAUCCUCAAAGCCCCACAGGCUCAACAGAUUCCUUGUUUCGAGGUGCUCACUGAGCAUGGCUGGACUGUCAAUACUCCGGGUUUCUACGGGGCUGUUUUGCUUCCAACCAUUAUCAGGACCAAGAAUGAACCCCUGCUCGAUUGGUUUCUUGCGCAAGGCGCAGACCCGAACCUAGGGUCCCAGCACGAUAACCGCGACCGCCUUGGUGGACCCGACACAGAUUCGUGCGAGGCACUCGAACUGGCCGCAGCACAGGGCAGUGUCGAGUUGGUGCAGAAGCUGCUAAACGCCGGCGCCAAGAUCGAGAACGGAGCGCCGUUGUACCACGCUGCAGGUGUCUGCCCCACGGGGGCGAAUCCUUACGCUGGACUUGUCACGCCAGACGUGGAGUUCGACAGGGCUCGAAUUCCUGUCAUGGCGCUCCUUGUGGAGAACGGAGCAGGCGUCAAUGAUAAAUUCAAGACGCGCCAUAUGACUCCCCUGUAUCCUAUUGUGAACGCGGUUAUGGCGGGCGCUGUUGAGCGAGUACAGUGGUUACUGAGCCAGGGCGCGGAUCCUGAUUUGAGGGGGCCGUACGGCAGUGCUAGAGAUUACGCCAGCAAGGUUUCCAGCGAUGAGAUGAAACGCGCGCUUGAGUUGCUGUGA